GAGGAAGCAGCAGCAAACGCGGGAGGAGGUGGAGGUGGAGACGGACGAAGCCAGAGGAGAGGAAGGCGGGGAGAGGAGAAGCGUGUGUGCGGGGAGUGAGAGCUCGAGAGGGAGUGGGUCAGGGCAAAGGGAGUGUGCAAGAAGGAGACGCAGGAGGGCGGAGAUGAGAGGUGUUCUCGGCGAGUGUCCUGUCAUGGAUGCUCGUUCUCGCCAUUUUGUUUCUCCCUGGAGCCGCAGCAGAGUCUGAAGGCGAAGGAGCAGAGAGUGCGCGGGCUUGCUGGUCGGGCUGGUCGUGUCCGUGCAGGAGGCUCGUAAGCCCUGGUGGUCGUCUUCUUGGAUCUCACGAUUAUCUACUGUUUAGAGCAAGUAGUGCGCGAGUUGAAACCGCCCCGGACGAUUUUUUUCUUUGAAGGACGGAAGCCGCGGUGUCUUUUCUGGGUGGGCUGGUCCGGAUCUUAUUAGGAUGGUGUUGUGAUGAGUGAAAUAGAGUCUUGUUGCACGAGGCUCACGGGCAGGCAGGGGGCGGAGGCCGUGAUUUGUUUGUGGUUGUGAUGGUGGUGGAAGGCCUGUGAGUUUUGAGAAGUGGUGUUUGUACAUCUGUGGUCGUGUGGGAUUGAUUUGGCGGAGGGUGGGAGAGGUGAGAAGUUCCAAGUGCGUCGGAGUAGGAAGAGUUGCCGACGUUUGGAUUGAGGUCAACGAGAGCUAGUCGAGGGUUUGCAUUUGAUGAACACGUAGGUGAGGUGGGAGAGAUUUUGCCUGCCAUGAAUGGAUGUGCAACCGAGACUGGAAGAUGGAGUUGUUGUAAUUGGAGUAAGUCUCCGGCUCAACUCUUUAUCCCGACGUUUAAGUGAGGAGUAUAUUUACCUAUUCGUUUAUUUAUUUUCCACUUGGGAGAUCGCUCAUUUUCAUACGUUGUGUUGUAAAGAUCUUACGGGGAUCUAAACUUAGAUAGUCGAAACGUCUACAUAUCCAUCUGAUUUGAGCUCUAGUUUGCUCCGCCAAAAUUCGUCUUAGACUCCACCAUCGCACGUAGUCAUGGCCGAUCCGCAACAGCAAACGCCUCAGAUUGAAUAUGGAGGGCAGCCCGGGUCUACGGAGGACGCCUCACGAGAGGCUAGAGGAGGGCAAGACAAUCAGGAACAAACACAGGGUGCCGGUGAAACAAUCAGUGCUGGACAUUGGUGUCAUCAAUGUCAAAAGGAGGUAAUUGCAGAGGCUGAGGUGGACGGUGGGACGGAUAGCAUGGUGUGUUCUGAGUGCCGAAGCGGAUUCAUUGAGGCCCUGGCCACUGCCCAGACUUUGCCGGAUGUUAGACGUGCACAACGGAGGCGACGCCGACGAGCCACUGCUACUGCUGCUAUCAUAGCAGGUGCUAGUCCUGGUGGAGCUACUGCACGUCAGAUGGUUCCUCUAUCUGAAGCCUUGGAGCAUUUGUACCCUCAGCAGCUGUUGCAAGUGCUACAGCUGUUAGGGCAAGCUACGAAUAGAUCUAAUAAUGCUCCACCCGCGUCGCUGGAUGAAGAGAAUCACACGACCGUUCAAGCUCACGAGCUUGUGGAGGGUCAAACGCCAGCUGUACCUGAAGACGGAGAAUUACCAAACCUAAGUGGUUUUUUAUCUUCGAUUCAUACAUCUAGGGAGGAGGCAGGUGGAGGGCAAGAAGGUAGAACUGAGACACCCACCGAUGGUGAGGAGUUAGGUACAUUACCAGCAGCCGCGCAACUCGCCUUGGACAGGAUUACUCAAGAUGGGCAUCUAAUGUUCAUCCGAGACACAUCUCCAAGUCACGAUGACGAUGAUGCAGAUGAGGAACUUGUCGUCAGUGACACGGAGACCGAAGAAGGCAUGGUUUUUGACGCGUGGGAUUCUGCAGAGGAGGAUGACGAUGAAGAGUGGGAGGAGGUUGAUGAAGAUGAGGAGCCAGUGGAAACAGGAGUGGAGGAUGGUGCUGGUGAGGACAACGAGGCUGAGUCGCAGGAAGGAGAACAGCCGUUGGAGCAGAAUGGGGAAGGGAGACAACCUAGGGUGAGAGAAUUUCGUCUUAGGACAAGGAAUAUGGAGCAUAAUCUCCAUCAGUACUUGCAGGAGCUUUUACAGACCUUGGUAGGACAAAAUAUCGAGGUACGAGUGGAGCUUCCUGACGGGCCUCUUUAUGUUGGCAAUCCUGGCGAUUAUGUCGAUGCUAGGGGUUUUGAGAUGCUUUUGCAACAGAUGGCUGAAAACGACAACUCCCGAAGAGGUGCCCCACCAGCUUCGAAAACAGCCGUUGAGUGUUUGCCGUCCAUAUCGAUUGAGCAAGCACACGUGGAUGAUGGAUCAGCCGUGUGUGCUAUCUGUAAAGACGUUGUGGCCCUAGGAGAACCCGCUAAACAAUUACCUUGUCUACAUCUCUACCACAACGACUGCAUCUUGCCUUGGCUCAGCUCGCGCAACUCGUGCCCAGUCUGCCGAUAUGAACUACCAACUGAUGAUCCUGAUUACGAAGAGCAGAAGCAAAGCAGACGUGGAACCGUCCAAAACAAUAGCGCGUCCCAGAGUCCGAGUUCACUGACACAAGUUGCAGAGGAUGGGCUUCAAGGCAAUAACAGUGGUGGAGAUCAGGUCUCAGAUUCUUCGAGUCAUCAGUCGAACGUAAGGGAGACAACUAUUGACGCUGUAGAGCCGAUUGGAACCUCAAACCCUCGAAAUGGAGUCGAACAGGUGGCAUCUGGUGAGGGAGAACGAGGUCACGAGGAGAGCGCACCGGAGUUAUCUUUCUCGCAAGGUUCAGAUACUAUCAACACUAAUACCCCACUGAGCAGGGAUGAGGUUGGAGAGAGAGAGAGAGGAGAGAAUGAGAGUGAUGAGGUAGACAGAGGAGAGACAAUGCGGGGUACUGGAAGAGGCUGGUUUUUACUGGCAGCGGGGCCAGUGCUUAGCAUGAUGGGCCUUGUGUUGGUAUUGUGCAUAGGGAAUCACCUCAUUGGGGGCCGCAUGCAACACUUGGGAAGACCGUUGCACAGGCAACAACACCACUUCUUUCAGGAGCCACAUAUAGAGCAAAUAGGGGGGGGCAGUGAGGUGCAGGGUCGCAGGCGAUGGUGGAUGCCCUUUCAACGUUGAUGGUUCUGUGAGUUACUAUGCUUUGUGGUCGUUUUAGUUUGGUCACUGAGCAGACGUUGUUGGGGUGCUGAAUCUCACCUGUAUCUGGCAUCGCUUUUCCUGCAAAGUGCUUAAUCUAUCUUAUGAGUAGUGUAUAGUGGGAUAUGGGGGCGCAAAUUCGGCCACUUGGAACUAAGGGGCUUGAGGGGAUGGAGAAACGAAGAAGCUGCUCAGAACCAUGUCAAAGCGAUAAUGGCUUUGCAAGGCAGCCAUAGCUUUUUUCAUCUAUGCUGCUGUUGUGUAUUGACUGUACAAAAAAUUCAAGAAUGUGGGAAAAGCUAAUGUCUUUGUAAAGUACCUCAACGCUCAUCCAGCUGUGGGUAUUUCACCCACACCCCAUUUCCAUUUUGUUGAGCGACCAAAUAGCUGAAGGCACACCUUGUCUAAGCUUUUGAUUUGAAUCCAGCAUGGAAGGCCGGUGAAAUCUGUUGAUACAAAGAUGCAGGAUAAUUGUUUUCACGGAUCUGCUGGCACAUCCUGUAGUGAAGAAAAGCGUUAAAGAGCUCUUUGUUUUACAAUUUACGUCACUCGAUGUCCUCUAGCCUACUUGGCCAAUCUGUGAUCUGUCUGGACUCUUCCUGAGAAAAGGUGGUUAUAAUAUAUGGAGAAGUUUGUUUCAAAUAAGACACAUGGUUACAAUAACGUCAUUACCUGCAGUAAAAGACCUGGUCCAUUUUGUAGUUGUGAGAAUGUCUGGGACGUUCAAGCUCCUGCUGCCUUGUGUCUUCUUGUAAACAGAGGAUCACGGUGUGUA